GUUGUCUUGCAUUCGUUCAAACAGUACCCUAACGCGAUUAACGGGCACACAGUUGUUUUACGAACAAAUAAACGAAGUAAGUGAAACAGUGUUUGUUUAGUAACAAAAAACUUCCUGGGAGUGCUGAGCUGCUCUAUUUUAUGGUUAAAAAUACCAUGUGACGAAAUAGUUUCCACAUGUAGUUCACACUAGGGAGUGAGGUGAUGGACUAGUGAGUUCAAAAUGCAUACGAUGGACACUUUGGGCUACGGCCAUAAGAAAUACCGGCCUCCGCUCUCGCCCACCAAUUUCUACCACCAUGAUUACUAUUCCCGGCACACUACUCUUCGACCGCAGAGCGAAUAUCGGUUUGCCGGCGGGGGUUACUCGCGCGCACCGAGUAGCGGACGUAGCAGCAGCCUCUGCUCCGCUGCGCUGGUGGGCGGAGCGUUGCUGGCUGCUGUUGCUGUUCUCGCGGUUGCUGCGCUCGCCUUUUAUAUGGGAGCGUUACGACCAGAUAACGGUGAACCAAUAAUGACGUUCGAGGGAACGUUUCGAGUGACGCGAGGGGACGUGUACGGCGGAGCACCCGACAGCCCGGCGUGGAGGGAGCGAGCUCGCCGCUAUGGAGCGGCGCUACGGCAAGCCUUCGCUGGGCCUUCCCCCCUUCGACAAGCCUUCGCAGGAGCUCUCGUCACAGGCUUUGGAGAACGACGUUUAGAUGUUAACUUCAAAUUGUAUUUGGAUAGGCGAAAAAUACCCAGUUCCGUAACAAAUAUAGAAGAAACUUUAAAAAAUACACUAAUUCAGGACUUGAUAUCAAAGCAUCCAGCGUUCGGACAAAUUAAGAUAGAUACGACUAGUAUUGUGAUAAAAAGGGACUUAGAACAUACUUACCACUCAGAACAAUAUGUAAAGGAAGCUUUAAAUGAAAGUAUGGCAACCAAUAACGCCAAAAUUUCAAGUUCUCAAAAUGCAAAAGACAAAACUUUAGAAAGUAGAAUAGGUGUAGUCCGCAAAACUACAGUUAAACCAAAUAGACCUAUGAAAAAAGACGAUUCAGAUGAACCUGAUAUUGACACUGAUAAUAUACCAGUUUUACAAGGUUCCUUUCAAAUAACUAAAACAGAAGCAGAUAUAACAGAAAAUAAACAUAACUUGAAUCCAACCCGGAUUGAAGAAAAAAAUAAUCACAAGCAAAUUACGACUGUAAGAACUACAACCACUAAACCUCCUAUCACUAAAUUAUCAACAGUUAGAACGACAAGUACUAGAAAAACUUCCACAACAACACAGAAAAGUCGACCACUUACUAUAAAAUCUAUAUUAAAUAUAAAACCAAAGACUGAUACGACCAAUAAUAAAGAAAAAGGUACAACUACCCGCAAAACUGUUAUUACCACACCUACAACUGUUAGAAGUAGCUUUGCAACUAAACCUACAGUGACAUCAACUACAAAUAUAGGCACAACAACGAAAAACGUAUCUCAAAUUUUAUUUGAUCUUCUUACUAACGAAAACCACGAUAAAGAUUUACCAAAAAUCGAUACGCUGUUUACAGUUCCUCAUGUAAUGGACAAUGAACCGUGGAGACCUAUAACAAGGCCAUACUACGAAACAUCGAGUGAACAACCGGUAUUACCUGAUGAAGAAAAUGUCGAACAAGGUGCAGAAGAUAGAAUAGGAGUGGCCGAAGUAGUUGAAGAUGUAUCCUUAUUAGAAAGUAUGCUAAGCUCCCCAACACCUGCAAAAAAUAGAGAGAAAAGUACUCGUCGACCUGGAGGGCUUUUUAAUAUAGACCCUCAUUUAGCUGCUGAUGUAUAUAUCCCUAGUCCAGUAUACACAAGUUUUACAGUUCCUACUUAUGCACCACCCGUAAAAAAUAUGGAAACUCUAGGUUCUAGUUAUCCCAAAGCACACCCAUUACCUGUGGAUAAAAUUAGUGGUGCAGUGGAGGUUAUACCAGAAACAGUUUCUAAAACAGAUGACAACGAUGGUAAGCCUUUUGAAAGGCCUCCAAAAGAUAAGAAAACAUCUGUGACCAUUAAUGUACUACAAUUUGAUCAACUUGAUAAUAGUACGGAAGAAGUAUCUAUAGAUGGUGCUUCGAUAGUAAAGAAGCAUAAUACAUCAUCUGUAAAAAAAUCGUCACAGCUAAGUACUACAACAGAAAGUGUAAAAGUAACUACCACUUCAAGUGUUCCUAUGAUAGAGAUUUCCACAAGACUACCAGUUAAAAAUAAGACAAGUGAACAAGAGAAUAAGAGAGAAAACACUACAAAGCGCCCAAACAAUAAGGUGUCAAUUAUACCAGCAACUGGCCUACCACAUCAUACUUGGGAACUUGUGAAUACUUCAACAAGUAAUAAUGGUACAUUGCAUAGAGUUUCUCCACAGAAAUACUAUAACGAUACUUUACAAGCUAUAAUCACACAAAAUGAUGCUACCUCUCCAAAGACAACUCCAAAAUUCCCUAGCAAGUCUUCCAUACUGCGAAAUUUAACAGAUAUAAUUAAGCGAUAUUCACAAAAUACGACAGAGAAGCAUACAGAAAUUUCUACAGAACGUACUACUUUGAAGCCAAAUAUGACAUCAAAGAAUACAGAAGACGAAUAUCGUCAAACUCGUAAUGAAAUGACUGGAUCAGUCGAAGUAGUUUCCGAUGAAGAACUUGAAAUUACAACCGCUAGAAUAAUAACGUUAAUGCCAGCAAAGUCUAAUUUAGGAGUAAAUCGGCCCCUCCGACCAAGACCAAAAUUUGAAUCACAAAUGAAUAAAGAAAGUAAAAGGAGUUUUACAAGUACCAAAAUGAAUUCUGAAAAAUUCAGUAUAAACGAAAACAUUGAUGAAAUAAUAUAUAAUUUAACGGAAAUUAUACCAGAGGCUUCAGAAAUCGUAACAACCGCUACUAACAUUGAUGAUGAUGGAACCAAAUAUCGUAGACCAGCAAAUAUUGCUGAAAGUUUAAAUCAUGACGAUGAAACAAAAUAUAUUAGGCCAGUGAAUGUUGGUGAAAAUUUAAAAAUCCCCUUCAGUGCUGUAGAAGGACCUGUAUACAGCCCAUCUAGUGGUAAUAGGCUGCCUAAGUCAAAUGAGGAUUACUCAUCUGUUGAUCGUAACUUCAAGAUAUCAAAUAAAUCACAUAUUCCAGAAGGUACAUAUCGAGUUUCGUACCAUGUUACUGGAAGCGUUAGCAGUAAACAGGCGGACAAAACAAAAGAUCUACCUGCAUAUGAGCUAGCAUUGGAGCCUGAUGUAAUAUUAGAAAUACCUGCUAAUCAAACGAGUACUUUGACUGUAGAUAAAUUAAAACAGCUGGCUAGUCUAGCUACCAUCUCGGAUUAUAGUAAUAAUAGUUUCGAGCCAUUUCGAGCCCCGGCAGGCGUCAUUUCGACUAAAGCAAUUCCAUCAAGUUAUACUUUGAAUCAAGCAGGAUUUAAAAUAUUAACCAAAACAUAUAAUAAGGCACAAUCUCCGAAACAAGAGGAAAAUAGUUUCGACGUACCAGAUAAAAUAUACAGUAAGCCAGAAACGACUAAGUACACGAAACCUAAGAAAGAAAAAGAAAUCAAAGACACCAAGGUGGUUAUUGAUGACUGUAACAACUCCACAUCAUUUUUAUGUGCUAGUGGUGCAUGUAUUCCCAUGACAUCACGUUGUAAUAAAUUACUGGACUGUCCGGGAGGAGAUGAUGAGCUCGCAUGCUCCUGCGCAGAUUAUCUACGUGCUGAGUUUUCGCAAUCAAAAAUAUGUGAUGGUUUCGUUGACUGUUGGGACUACUCUGACGAAAUUAAGUGUGACUGGUGUGCUGAAGGUCAAUUUGUGUGUGCAAAUGCUAGGCAAUGCGUAGAAAUGACCAAAGUCUGCGACGGGACGCCUGAUUGUCCCCUGGGCGAUGAUGAAAAAAGCUGUGUUGCUUUGGGCGAUAAUAUAGAAGACAACGAAGUGAUUCCUUAUAAUGAAGAAGGUUUUGUAAUGGUGCGAAAACGUGGCGUGUGGGGCAGGUUGUGUGUAGAAAGCUUCAAUGACGUAGUUGCGCAAGCGCACAGCACUCUUAAACUACCUGAUUUAGGGAGGGCUGUGUGUCGAGCUAUGACUUUCCACGAUUCACCUUGGGUGCGUGAGGCGCGUGAAGGUCGGAAAGUGAGUACGAUGGGCUACUGGGAAGUGUCGCACAAUGCUCACGCGCGGGCAGCUGACACACGUCUUACUUUCCGUCGCUCAUCGUGUGCCCGCCACCGAGCAUUGAGGAUUCGCUGCAAAGACUUGGAUUGUGGUAUACGACCGCACGCUGAUGCUCAGCAACCAAGGGCAGUAACUCACGAGCGCGUGCGGUGGGGCAGGGUGGUGGGCGGCGGCGGAGCGGCGGCAGGCGCGUGGCCAUGGCAGGCGGCGCUGUACCGCGACGGCGACUUCCAGUGCGGCGCUACGCUAAUCGCGACGCAAUGGCUGCUGUCUGCUAGCCACUGCUUUUACGAAGCCACAGAAGCUCACUGGGUUGCGCGUCUUGGAGCUCUGCGCCGUGGCGCGUGGCCAAGAGGGCCAUGGGAGCGGAUAACGCGUGUGCGUCAAAUCGUUUUGCACCCGCGAUACGCACCGCGCGGCUUCAGAAACGACAUCGCGUUGCUGCGCGUGGAACCCCUGCCGUUGCACGCUCGUCUGCGGCCGGCCUGUCUGCCGCCACUGCGCGCACAACCGCCCGCCGGACAUCAUUGCACGGUCGUCGGUUGGGGACAGCUAUAUGAACAUGAACGGGUGUUCCCGGAUACAUUACAAGAAGUGGAGUUGCCGGUGAUAUCAACAGCGGAAUGCCGUAGACGCACGAGACUGUUACCCCUGUACCGCGUCACCGACGACAUGUUCUGCGCAGGGUACGAGCGCGGAGGUCGAGACGCCUGCCUCGGAGACUCUGGUGGACCGCUGAUGUGUCAAGAGGCAGACAGAUGGUACAUUUAUGGCGUCACCAGUAACGGGUACGGCUGUGCUCGCGCCAACCGACCUGGCGUUUACACGAAAGUAUCGCACUACAUUGAAUGGAUUGACAGUAUGAUGGACACUUACACUCCCAAACAUAACGACACCUUACCGUCGUCCGAUGAGGAAUCCAACGAAGACUUUUACACGGACUUGGAGGCAGCGGAGAACAAGAGAAUACACAAACCAUACGAUGCGUGUCGAGGCUUCCGGUGCCCACUCGGCGAAUGUUUACCUGCAUCUAGUAUUUGUAAUGGAUUUCUAGAAUGUUCCGACGGUAGUGACGAGUGGAAAUGCAGUGGUCUUGUUACGAAUUCAACUAGAUUUAACCCGGACUAAAUUACAUUUAUCAUCGUAGCUUUCAUAAUUAUAAUUAUAAGCCAGUAAUGCUAGAUUAACUUCGAUUUCGACUGAUACUAUAUAAGUAGAUAUAAGUAAUG